CCAUUUCAAAGAAGAUCUCAAGAUGUUGAAACAAAGAAAACAUUGCAGGAGACAAAGACCAGAUUUCUGCUCUUUGAAGAAGAAGCUGAUAAAGGCUGUCAGAUCCGGCUCAAUCACCCCGACACAUUACAGGAAUGCAGUUUCAACGCCUCCCUGCCGCUGGUGAUGAUAAUCCACGGGUGGUCGGUGGACGGCAUGCUGGAAACCUGGAUCUGGCAGAUGGUAGCUGCACUGAAGUCUGGCCUGUCACAGCCAGUGAAUGUGGGAUUGGCUGACUGGAUCACCCUGGCCCACCAACACUAUGCCAUUGCCGUCCGCAACACCCGCCUUGUGGGCCAGGAGGUCGCAGCUCUUCUCCGGUGGCUAGAGGAAUCUGUACAAUUUUCUCGAAGCAAUGUUCAUCUAAUUGGGUACAGCCUGGGUGCACAUGUCUCAGGAUUUGCUGGCAGUUACAUUGGCGGAAUGCACAAGAUUGGGAGAAUUACAGGGCUGGAUGCUGCCGGCCCUUUGUUUGAGGGAACUUCCCCCAGUGAUCGUCUUUCACCAGAUGACGCCAAUUUUGUGGACGCCAUUCACACCUUUACACGGGAGCACAUGGGCCUGAGUGUGGGCAUCAAACAGCCCGUGGCACACUAUGAUUUCUACCCCAAUGGGGGCUCCUUCCAGCCUGGCUGCCACUUCCUAGAACUCUACAAACACAUUGCCAAGUAUGGCUUCAAUGCAAUCACCCAGACCAUAAAAUGUGCCCACGAACGAUCCGUGCACCUCUUCAUUGACUCCUUGCUGCACACCAGCAUGCAGAGCACAGCCUACCUGUGCAGCAACAUGGACAGCUUCAGCCAGGGCCUGUGCCUGAGCUGCAAGAAGGGCCGCUGCAACACACUGGGCUACCACAUCCGCCAGGACCGGCAAAGCAAGAGCAGGAGGCUCUUCCUGGUGACUCGAGCUCAAUCCCCGUUCAAAGUUUAUCAUUACCAGUUCAAGAUCCAGUUUAUCAACCAAGUGGCGAAACCAGUAGAACCCACUUUCGCCAUGUCACUACUGGGAACAAAAGAGGAAAUGAAGAAAAUUCCUAUCACUCUGGGCGAAGGAAUUACUAGUAAUAAAACCUACUCCUUUCUAAUCACGUUGGAUUUUGAUAUUGGUGAGCUAAUCAUGAUCAAGUUCAAGUGGGAAAACAGUGCUGUAUGGGCCAACGUCUGGAACACAGUCCAAACCAUCAUUCCAUGGGGCACAGGGCCCCGCUACUCAGGUCUCCUUCUGAAGAUCAUCAAAGUCAAAGCAGGAGAAACCCAGCAAAGAAUGACAUUUUGCUCAGAAAACAUGGAGGAUCUACAACUUCACCCAAUCCAGGAGAAAAUUUUUGUGAGAUGUGAAGUAAACUCCAAAAAAUUGAAGCAAAAGAUCAGAUAAGCUUUCAUGAAGAUCCAGUGUAAAGAAUAAAUGAAUCUUAUUCCU